AUGAGGGAGGUGACUGAGCUUGGUAUUUCAGAUGAUGCCGAGAAAGACGUCAAGGUCGAACCACAAGCACCUGGCCCUGUCGUUGACGAUGAGGAACCCACUCACUAUCUCGUCGAAUUCGGCGGCCCCGAUGACCCAGACAACCCCAAAAACUGGUCCAGAGCGAGGAGAUGGAGGAUCACUCUUGCCAUGGGCGGAAUGGCAUUUGUUGUUACCUUCUCAAGCUCCAUAUUUGCUGUUGUUAUCUCUCCAGUUGCAGCGCAAUAUAGUAUCGGAACUGUGACCUCGACCCUAGGGGUAUCGCUUUUUCUGCUUGGGUUCGUAUUUGGACCAAUAUUUUUCGGACCAGCCUCUGAAGUAUUCGGACGCCGAGUUCCUUUGUUUUCGGGCUACCUGUGCUUCGCAAUUUUCCAGAUACCUGUCGCUCUUGCGCACAAUGUGGAAACCAUUAUGCUCGGGAGGUUCUUUGGCGGCUUUGCUGCAUCCUCGCCACUUGCCGUCAUCGGAGGAGCGCUCGCUGAUAUUUGGAAUCCAAUUGACAGAGCGUAUGGAGUCUGUGUCUUCGCUGCAGCUGCCUUCUCCGGACCCGUUGCAGGACCGAUCAUUGGGGGAUUCGUGACCGAAUCUUACCUUGGUUGGCGAUGGACUGCUUGGAUCACUAUGAUCAUGGCGGGCUUGUUUGGCUGCAUUGGGUUUCUCGUGAUACCCGAGACAUCAGCCGCCAGGAUCCUCCAGAACAGAGCGAAAAGACUUCGUCGUGAGACGAACAAUCCCGCGUUCCACGCUCAAGCAGACAAAUCUCCUAUCAGUGCAAAGACGUUGAUAUUCGUAUACCUUGUACGUCCGUUCACAAUGGUAGUUCAGGAACCUAUCUUAGCUCUUGUCACUGCGUACAUGAGCUUCAUAUAUGGAAUACUUUACCUCUUCUUUGAGAGUUUCCCGAUAAGCUUCGAGGAAGAGCGCGGAUGGAACAUUGGUGUUGGGUCGUUGCCCUUUGCAUCUUUCAUCGUCGGUAUCGCCUUGGGAACCGGGCUCAUAGCAUAUUCCACACGGACCAAUUUCACUAGAGCCUACAAGCAACACGGCAAGCCCAUACCGGAAGAACGCUUGCCGCCCAUGAUCGUCGGCGCAGCAGUCCUUCCCAUUGGGCUUUUCUGGUUCGCAUGGACUUCUAACCCAAACAUCAUUUGGGUGCCGCAGGUUCUUUCUGUCACCCUGCUCGGUAUGGGAUGUUUGGUCACCUUCUGGCAAGGCAUGAACUAUAUCAUCGACUGCUACGGCUUUUACUCCAACAGUGCCAUUGCCAUCAACACGUUCAUUAGGUCAAUCGCAGCCGCCGGCUUUCCCCUCUUCGCACCCGCAAUGUUUCACAAGAUGGGUGUUGCUUGGGCUUCGUCGCUUCUUGGGUUUCUAUGCUUGGCCUUUAUGCCAGUUCCCAUACUCUUCUACAAAUAUGGGGCAAGGAUCAGACAACAGUCCAGGUUCAAGCCGAGCAGUUGA